AUGAGGCUCCCAGAGCGCCACACCUUCUACGCCGGAAAGCCUCAACCAUCCUCAACUUCACCCAAUACCUUCUACUCAGUCGACCCCUCGACAGGCAAAAAUGUCUGUACAAUCCACACAUCCUCCCAAUCCUCCAUUGACUCAGCCAUCUCGUCGGCAAGAGCAGCCUUUCCCUCGUGGUCCAGCACACCGCCCAUCGAGCGAGCCAGAAUUCUACACAAAGCCGUCGCAAUACUUCGAUCCCGGAACGACGAGCUGGCUAAAAUUGAAACAAUAGAUACCGGCAAGCCUUUCUCAGAGACGUCCACCGUCGACAUCGUGACCGGCGCCGAUGUCCUCGAGUACUUCGCCAACCUGGUCGCAUCGGGCGGCUUGAAUGGUGAAUCGUUCCGCCUGCGAGAUUCUGCUUGGGUCUACACCUCCAAAGAACCGCUCGGCGUCUGUGUUGGUAUUGGUGCCUGGAACUACCCCAUCCAGAUCGCACUGUGGAAAUCAGCCCCAUGUCUCGCGGCCGGGAACGCAAUGGUGUACAAGCCCUCGGAAGUGACGCCGCUUCAUGGCCAAUUCCUCGCCGAGGUCUACAAAGAAGCCGGUCUCCCUGAUGGAGUGUUCAAUGUCGUCUACGGAGCGGGCGAAGUGGGUGCUUACUUGACGAAACAUCCAAUUGUCGCCAAGGUUAGCUUUACGGGCCAAGUCUCGACCGGUCGCAAGGUUGCUGGUUCAGCCGCCGGAGAGAUGAAGUACGUGACCAUGGAACUGGGCGGGAAAAGCCCCGUGAUCGUGCUACCGGAUGUAGACGUCGAGCAAGCCGUGGACGGGGCUCUCAUGGCCAACUUCUUCAGCACAGGCCAAGUCUGCACAAAUGGCACGCGAGUGUUCGUGCCAAAGCACCUGAAGCCCGAGUUUGAAAGAGUAUUACUGCAGAAGAUGAAACAUGUUCGGCCGGGAGACCUGAUGGACGUGAACACCAACUUCGGCCCGCUGGUCAGCAAGGUCCACUACGACAAGGUAACAAGCUACAUCAAGCACGGGAUCGAGGUGGACCACGCAAAACUGCUCCACGGCGGCCUCGACCAACCUGCACACCUCCCCUCGCAUCUUCAAAGCGGGUACUGGGUCCAACCCACCGUCUUCACCGACUGCACCGACAACAUGCGGAUCGUCAAGGAAGAGAUCUUCGGCCCCGUCAUGGCCAUCCUGCCCUAUGACACCCUCGACGAAGCCGUCUCCCGGGCAAACGAUACCGAUCUCGGUCUCGCGGCGGGGGUGUUCGGCAGGGACAUCAACCAGUGCCACACGGUGAUCAAGCAGCUGCAGGCGGGCAUCACGUGGGUGAAUACCUGGGGGGAGUCGCCCGCCGAGAUGGCCGUCGGCGGCUGGAAACAGAGCGGUGUCGGCGUCGAGAACGGCCGGAGAGGGCUCGAGGCUUGGGUCCGGAACAAGAGCACGCUGGUCGAGAUGGGAGGGAGUGUCCCAACUGUCUUUGCCAAGUUGUAA